GCUUCUCGCGUUUAGUCGUGCGAAUUCCCGCGGCGUGGAUAAUCGUCCCGUUAUUGAGUCAACAGUUAACACUUGCCGAAUCGGAGGCACUAACUUGGCUAACUAAUUUAAUUAAAUUAAUUAAAAUUAAUUCAAUAACAUAUAAAUCCUUCGACGGUUAAUUAAUUGAUUUGAUAAACUUGCUAACAGAAUUAAGUUCAAUAAGUGAGAUAAUAAUUUAUUUUAACAGAGUUAUCUUGCAGAAUAACUUCACUAGCUAACACCUGUCAUGUCUAAUUAAAAAGUUUAUAAAUCUAAGAACCGUUUCGACGAGUGUCUUAAUUACUUACUCUUCUGACGUGAUGUUUGAGUGUCUGUGUAACGCUUGGAUUUAUUAUUAAAAAAAAAAGGAAAGAGUAGAAGAAGAAAAGAAGAAACAAAAGUAAUAAAAAAAAAAAAAGUAUCUCUGACCUUUAAGUUUCUCGGAUGUCAAUAGGAAGAUAUCAAGUGACAUCAUCACGUGUGGUAUGAAAGUACCGUGUGAUUUGUUGGAUUUAACUUGGACAAAUGAAGCCAUCGGUAUUAAUUGCUGGAGUAUUAACAGUCUAUACUGAGAGCAUAACAAACAUCGCCGCUGAAAUCUCAGCCCCUGAUUCAAACACACUCGCCACACAUUACUGUAAUUGUGGCUGUAAUUGUCAUCAAGUUAAAUCCGAUUAGGCGUCUGAUUGUUAAUACAUCUGAAAGGUAAUAGCUUACAACAUCCCAUCAGCAGCAACUCGCUAGCCAAUAAUGGGAUGACUGUUGGUCCUGAGGAUGCGGAAAAGAUAUGCUGCUGAUGUGGAUUUUGUCCAAUCUGUUACCCGUCACCGGAGUAGGGCACACAUUCAGCAUAGAUAAUGACGCAAUCCCCGACACCAUCCACCAGCAAAUUACAUGAUGAUAAAUUAAUCACACUGCAAAUACAUGACAUUAACUGCCAGGUGGCUCAGUUUCGAGAUCUGCUGAUUAACAUCGGACAGCCUCGGGACGGUCCUGAGCUCCGAGAACGUGUUCGCAAGCUGCGACGGAACUGCGUCGAGUCCUGCAAAUCUACUUCUCAGUUGGUUUUACCUCAGAUGCGUAGUGCGAUCGACCUUGGAAUACCAGCAGACAGCCCAAAUUUGGUUUUGCUCUUCUUUGUCGCUCAGCUUUUCCUCAGAGAGCUUUUCAAAUGCAAAAAUCUUGUACGGAUUGUUCCAAUGGAUAUGUCCGGUUAUUACGCUAGUAAAUCGGGACCGUCGAACAUUGGAAAUGUGAUUUCAUCGAUUUUACUAUGCAAGCAGAUUACUCCGAAUUUCAAUGAGGAGGAACUUUGUAGUAUCCGCAAAGACUCGGCGGAAAUAAGCGCUCUUGUUGCCGAGCUUCAGGAAUUCAUGCCGCAAUCUGAGGCUGAUGUAGAAAGAACAAUUGCUUUACAAGAUUGCUGUGCUGGCCUAGCUCGCAAUAACGGGGCCCGUAAAGGCAACAGGUGGGACAACAGGACCGGAAAUCCCAAUUACUUCGGUGGUAGCUUCAACUUCCUCUGUUGUGCCUCCAGACCUAAUUACGUUUGAAUCUAAAAACAAACGGGAAAUAUUAUUAAACAAUU